CUCGCCAGUAGAGUAGAGUAUUGGCUUAUCAAACACUACUAACAGCUACUAGUUUUUAUACUCCAAUUAAACAUUUUCAGUAUUGUAGUAAAUAGUGUACGUGAUUGUACAGUUGAGACAAUCGGAAGCAGUAAAAAUCGUUUAAGUACAUAUUGAAAUUUAUUCGACACAUAUCGUUAUGAUUUAAAAUGGAAUUCCUAUUAGGCGCAGCGGGCGCUAGUGGUGCUGUAUGUUUUACCAACCCAUUGGAAGUGAUCAAAACAAGGUUUCAACUACAAGGAGAACUAAAAAAGUCCGGGAAGUAUAGUGUGCACUACCGCAAUGUUUUCCACGCUUUCUACGUGAUAGCCAAACAUGAAGGAAUCGUUGCAUUGCAAAAAGGUCUCAUGCCGGCCAUGGGACAUCAAGUACUAUUAAAUGGUACGAGAUUUGGUAUUUACGACCUGGCAGAAAAACACGGCUGGUUGCUUAGAAGAGACGGUACAGUGUCGCUUUUGAUGUCUGUACUCGUUGGCGCAGGAGCAGGUGCUUUUGGAGGCUUUCUCGGCAGUCCCUUAUAUCUGGUUAAAGUGCACUUGCAGUCGUUGUCGGCCAAGAGUAUAGCUGUGGGACACCAGCACAGCACUACAGGAACUCUCAGUGGCCUCCGGUCAAUAUAUAGCGAUUAUGGAAUUACUCGUGGAUUAUGGCGGGGUGCAACAGGUGCUAUGGUUCGUAUAAGUGUCGGUUCGUCCGUUCAAUUGAGUACAAUGACCUUGAUGACUGAAUCAUUAGUCAAUAAGGGCAUACUACAAAAGGAUCAGAAAAUCAUGGCCACCUUUAUAACUAGUAUGAUAGGUGGAGUGUUUGUAGCUUUUGUGAUGGCGCCGUUUGAUUUAGUAUCGACGCGACUCUACAAUCAAGGCGUCGACAGCAAAGGUAGAGGGCUCUUGUACCGUUCAUACAUAGAAUGUUUAACCAAGACUUUCAAACAAGAAGGUGUCCAGGGACUAUACAAAGGAUUUUUGCCAUGCUACAUGAGACUAGGACCUCACUUGGUGUUAAGUAUGGUUUUCUGGGAUACACUCAGGCAAUUUCAUAAAUAUAUAACAGACAAAUAAUAAAAAUGUUUAUUUAAUACUGUUGUCAGACUGAAAAUGUAGAUUUGAACAAAACUACUAUUUUUUAACUAUUUUUAGAGUAGAAACUUUUAAUUAUAUUUAUACAUCACAUUAAUGUGUCAUGAAUACCAUUCAUUUAUACGUUAUCAUAUUA